GCACCUGGACGCAAGUGGUUCCUGUUGGGUUUGUUGCUGCCUGAAGACCAAGACCUUCCUCAGCCCCGUGAAGACCCGGGCCAGGCAUCAGCCAUGAAGAUCUUGUACCUGCUCUUCCCCUUCUUCCUCCUGUUGGUCCAGGGUGCUGCAGGGGUAUCUCUGACUCCAAGAAAUGAAAGUCAGUGUAAGCAAGAAGGGGGAUUCUGUAGUUUUUUGACAUGCUAUCACCCUUAUCACAUCUUUGGAAGGUGUUCAGCCUUUAUGGUUUGCUGCAAAAGGCUGCAACCACUAAGGAAAGUACAGGUCCAAGUCAUCUGCAAUAAGGACUGGAGUUCAUCUGAGGAAAUAGUGAUGAAUCCCUGGACUUUCCAAGCAGGACGUGCCCCUCGCUUCUGGCUCCUGGAACCAUCCCCUGUUGUCCUCUCCCCUCCCUGCCUCUGCCAUUCCCAGGUAGUGUGACAGCAGGAUUGGAAGCGCUGUUCCUGCUGGGUGCUCAUGGGCUGGAGACAUCCC